AAAAAAUACAAGUAGAAGAGCAGAGGUGAUCGUGAAAUGAGUGGGUCGAAAGUGAAAGGGCGAGAGAGAGAGAUGAUAAAUGGUAGAAUGCAAGUAGGGGAGCAUCAUUCCCCCCUCCGAUCUAUUUUGUGCGUAAAAAAUGUCGUGGAUUUGAAGCGUUUCGACGAGAGGGAGGAUUGUUACGUGUUAGACUUUGACCCCUUCCACUCCCCCGACCCCUCAAUUUCCAAGGACACUGACUCUGAACUUUCCAUUGUGGGGGAGAAGGGUCAGGUGGCCUGUAGAGACUACCCACACGCUAGGUAUUUGUGUGUCAAAUUCCCCUUCGACACAACCCCUCACCAGAGUUGCUGCACGAUGUGUUUCUGUUACGUGUGUGAUUCGAGAGCACCAUGCGACCACUGGUCGUUCCAUUGCAGUGCUUCGCAUACCAAUCCACUCUGGGAAUACUCAAGGCACUACUACAACAACAACAUCAACAUGCCUUCCACUCUGCAUUAGCUUUUUUUGUUUUACUCCCUUCCCCCCUUCCCUUCCACAAUCACACACAUCACUUUCCACCAACUUCCCCGGGUUGUCUUGUACAUCUUUACCUUUCGUUGCAAUAUAAACUAUCCUCUAUUUUCAUUGAAAUCACUAUCUUUUUCCCCUUUUAUCA